CAAAAGAAGGAUUGAUUUUGGGCUAAGCAUAAAAUUUAGUUAAAAUCGGAUUCAUCGGAUAGAAGAAGAAAAAUCUUCCCAACGAUUCCAUAAUUCAGAAACGAGACGACCGAUCAAUUCCGCCCUCAAUUCUUUCUCGAGAUCUCCAUCUCUCUCUGUGAUUCGAUCAAUUCGAUCGUUGCAGUGUGGAGAUGCGGUUCUUCAGGAAGAUUGCAGGAAUUCUAGGGUUUUCCAAAGACGAUUCUCACGAUGUCAAGAACGAAGAUGACGAUGUUGAUUCUGAUACCCAUCCUCCUGAUCGCGUCCAUAUGCAGGCCACUGGUCUUCCUCGUAGGGGCUUCGGCGUCCCAGUUCAAGUCGCCGUCAAUCGCUCCAACCCCGGACCUAUUCUUCUUCCCUCUAGUUCCGGCGAUGGUGGAGUUCAGGGUUUGACAUGGUAUGCAAAGGGUCUUCGAAUUGAUGAAGAUGGAGAUGUAGCCGAACAGUUCCUGGAGGAGGUAAUACCCGAGGUUCAAACCAGUACUACAAACCAUCCAAAACCAUUUCCACGAUUUCAGAUAAAUAAUAGAAAUAGACCAGCUAAAGUAGAGAACCAGGUUAUAUUGAAGGAAGGUAAACUACAACAAUGUAUUGAACAUCAAGGUAGAUUGUUAUUGGUAUGAAGAAGACAAAUCAAAAAAAAAAAAAAAAAAAAAAACCCCGAGAAAUGAUCCCUUCAGUCAAUGGUGUUCAGGUUCAUUCUUUUUAGUUUAUUUCCACAUGGUGGUCAAUUUAUGAGGAUAAUCUGUCUCAUUUUGAUGACAAAAGAGAAGAAAAACAUGGCUCAAACUACAGUUUGCAUAAACUUUAUUAAGGGGUUUAAUUUGUACUGCUCUGAUCAUUUUGAACAUAUGUUGUGAAAGCCCUUCAGGUGGAGAUAAAGAAGAAUACAGAAAUGGGCACUAACACACUAACUUAUUUGAAUCUUCAACUUCAAGGUGUUGUUUAAUCUCUCUCUUUCUCUCUGUUUUUAGUUCUUUAAUUGUCAUAAGGUUGCAUUUUAUGAAGAGCCCUUUAUGUAUUAGUUGUAUAAGUUUGAGUGAUUGAUAUUUUUUUAGUAUAGCCAGCUUAAGAUGGUGAAGUGUGUAUGUAUGGAUGUGAAAAUAAACUUAAGAUGCACCGGAAUAUUUACAUUGUGUGUUCGAACGAUUCAAAGUUAAUUAUUUGAUUCCUCUUUUAAUUUUA